CUAUUUAAAGGCGGCGCCAGUCGAGAAGGAUCAGUAGUUACCAGAACACUUCACAUAACGCACGAAUACAUCGCACCAUGGAAAACGAAACGCCAAGUCUGGAAACCAUCAUCAACAACAACCUCAACGGCCGAGACCUCGAAGAAUUCAAUAGAAUUUAUUAUGGCCGAAAAGAUAACCUUGAAGUCAAGCUAAAGGAGUCAUCAAUUGCAGCUGCCAAAGAGGGCGAUUUCGAAAUUGCUGCUUACGCGUUCCCAGCUAAAAAGGAACAAACAAGACCACCGAGGAUCGUCAAAGUCGGCGUGAUCCAACAUUCCAUCGCUGCCCCAACUGACCGUCCAGUCAGCGAACAAAAGAAGGCUAUUUUCAGCAAAGUGAAGAGGAUCAUCGAUGUUGCUGGCCAGGAAGGCGUAAACAUUAUUUGUUUCCAAGAAUUAUGGAAUAUGCCUUUCGCAUUUUGCACACGCGAGAAGCAACCAUGGUGUGAAUUCGCCGAGUCUGCUGAAGAGGGUGAGACUACGCGGUUCUUAAAGGAACUCGCUGUCAAAUAUGCAAUGGUGAUUGUCUCGUCAAUCCUGGAAAGAGAUGAAAAUCAUUCUGAAAUUCUUUGGAACACAACCGUUGUUAUAAGCGACACUGGGAAUGUUAUUGGUAAGCAUAGGAAGAACCACAUUCCCAGGGUGGGAGAUUUUAAUGAAUCCAACUAUUAUAUGGAAGGCAACACCGGUCAUCCCGUCUUUGCUACCCGAUAUGGUAAGAUUGCUGUUAAUAUCUGUUUUGGACGCCACCACGUACUAAAUUGGUUGAUGUACGGUUUGAAUGGAGCAGAGAUUGUGUUCAAUCCAUCAGCAACGAUUGCCGCAGAGGCUGGCAGCGAAUACAUGUGGAACAUUGAGGCAAGGAAUGCAGCUAUUACCAACUGUUACUUCACAGCGGCUAUUAAUAGAGUCGGUUACGAAACUUUCCCCAAUGAAUUCACUUCAGCUGACGGUAAACCUGCUCAUAACGACCUCGGCUUAUUCUACGGUUCGAGCUACUUUACUGGCCCUGAUGGUGUGAGAUGUCCAGGUUUGUCACGUACCAGAGAUGGUCUCCUAAUAGGUGUUUUGGAUCUCAACUUGAACAGACAGAUUAAAGAUCGCCGCUGUUAUUACAUGACUCAGAGACUGGAUUUGUACGUGAACAGCCUCAGCAAGGUUCUGGAAUUAGAUUAUAAGGGCCAAGUUGUUCAUGAGAAUGAUAAGUAAAUGUAUAAAUAUAUUUGCUGUUAUCUGAACUUGUAGCUUGGAUAAAAUUUUAUCUACUUAAUGUGAAGAUGUAAAAGUAAUCAUUACGGAUGUUAUAAGUUCGUAUUUUACUCAGACUCCAAUGUUUUAUAUAAUUAAAAUUUGUAUGCAAUUGAAUAACGUGUAUGAAAAUAAAUAAUGACUAUUACGAA